AUGUUCCAUCGAUCUUUUACUUCUCUCCCUCAUUCUCUUCACGCCAUUUCCUUACCCUCUACACUCUCUCCUUCGCGACUCCUUAUCCGCGACUCUUUCUCCGCUGUUCCGAAGCGAUCCUAUACCCGAUCCUACUCUACCGCACCGAGUCCCUCCGCCUCCAUCCACCCAUCACCACCGCCCGCGAAGCGCUCUCGUCUCCGCCGCUUCAUCGGCUUCACCUCAAUCGCCGUCUUCGCAUUCACCAUCGGGCUAACCUACCAAACCCAACGCACCCUCUCACGGAUCAUGGCCACCCCAACCGAAGAGGAGACCCUAAUCGCAUUCAUUGCGACGGACCCUGUGACCUCCAAGAUCGACAACACAAUCCGCACCCACCCCGUCGCCGAGGCUCUCCGCGCAGACCCCGACUUCACCGAAUCGCGCCCACACCUUACAAUCCCGGAGCCUCUCCGCGAACGCAACCUGACCGCCGGAACGCUAGCAGGACCCGGGAAGAUCGUCGUGCCGCCAUAUGUAUUCAGCGAGCGCCGGGGUAAAACCAUGAUCUCGCUCAUGUAUCUCGGCGGUGAUGUCUGCGGUCACCAGGGCAUUAUUCACGGUGGUCUACUGGCUACAUUGUUGGAUGAGGGUCUGGCGCGUUGUUGCUUCCCGGCUUUGCCUAGCAAGGUGGGUGUUACGGCCAAUUUGAAUAUUGAUUACCGGGCUCCGGCUAUGGCGAAUCAGUAUGUUGCCCUUCGUGCGGAGACAGUUAAGGUUGAAGGUCGCAAGGCGUGGGUGGAAGGUCGGAUUGAGACUCUUCCGAUUGAUGGGACAGAUCCUGUGGUACUGGUUGAGGCUAAGGCUUUGUUUAUUGAGCCUCGACAAGCUGCUGUAAGUUGA